GAGCAUUUCCACUGGGUCAUGUUCUUUGCCAUACGUCAACUCUUCUUCCCAAAUCAAUCGGAGAGACUCUUUGCAGUCUGGAGUAAUGGCUGCCGUGCUUCUCUCACCCUUGCUAUCGGUGGUGAUUGGGAAGGCAACCGACCAUGUUCUCCCACAGUUUGGAGUGAUGUGGGGCAUCCAUGAGAAGCUAAAAAAGCUGGAAAGAAAGCUGUUGGCAAUCCAGUCCAAACUUGGAGAUGCAGAGGAGCGACAAGUCAAGGAUGCGGCUGUGAAGAGCUGGUUGGCAGAUCUGAAGGAUGCAGCCUACAAAGCAGACGACAUCCUGGAUGAGUAAUGUGGAAGCAAUGCGGCGGAAGGUAGAGAUUCAGAUUGAUAUGACAAAAAAGGUGCGCAGCUUCUUUUCUUUUCAUAAUCCAGUCUGGUUUCGUUUUAAGAUGGGGCGAAAGUUGAAUGCUAUUGUUGAAGAAAUAGAGAAACUAGCAGACGAGGGAAAUAAAUUUGGUUUCGAGGUCAAAACCCAACCCCAAAAGAGGGACAGGCCACAAACCCACUCUUAUGUUGAUGAGUCAGAGGUCAUUGGUAGGGAGGAAGAUAAAGAAAAAAUAGUGAAGUUGUUACUUGAUCAUGAUAACAACCAGAAUGUUGCAGUCCUUCCCAUAGUUGGGAUGGGGGGUUUGGGUAAGACCACACUGGCCCAAUUGAUUUACAAAGAUCAGAGGGUGGAGAAACAUUUCCAGCCGCUCAUAUGGGUCUGUGUGUCGGAUGAGUUCGAUGUUGCAAAACUUGCUAAAGCAAUAAUAGCUUCAGCCACAGGAGUUGAGUGCAAGCUAUCAACCAUGGAGUUGUUACAACGCAGCCUUCGAGAAGUUGUAAGUGGGAAGAGGUACUUACUUGUAUUAGAUGAUAUUUGGAAUGAGGAACGGGCAAAGUGGAACGAGCUAAAAACUUUACUUGGAACUGGUGGAGAAGGGAGUAGGAUUGUUGCGACUACACGAAGUGAGCGGGCAUCGUCGAUAAUGGGUACCCUCGGCCCUUAUCACCUACCGACUUUGACUGAGGAUGAUUCUUGGGCAUUGUUUAGGAAGAUAGCAUUCGAAGGGGGAGCCGAAGAGCCUCAAAAUCUCGUAAACAUCGGCGAGGAGAUUGUCAAGAAAUGUGGUCGGUUGCCUCUGGCAGUGAAGACACUGGGAGGCUUAAUGCAUUCCAAGAGCCAGGAAAGGGAAUGGUUGUCCGUGAGGGAUAGCGAGCUUUGGAAUCUGCAGGACGGUGAAGAUGGGAUCUUGCCAGCACUAAGGUUGAGCUACAGUGAUUUGCCUUCCCAUUUAAAACAAUGCUUUGCUUUUUGUGCCAUAUUUCCGAAGGAUUAUGAGAUGAAAAAGGAUCUGUUGAUUCAACUAUGGAUGGCUAACGGAUUCAUUCCAUCCGAUGGAAGAAGGGCGUUGGAGGACAAAGGGCAUGAGAUUUUUAAUGAGUUGGCUUGGCGAUCUUUCUUUCAGGAUAUCAAGGAAGAUGAGGAUCACGGUGGUCGCGAAUACGUCUUUGAACCUUAUUAUAACACAAUAUGCAAGAUGCAUGACCUCAUGCACGAUCUGGCACACUCCAUUAUGGGGAACGAAUGCCUUAGCAAGCUGGAACCCGCCAGGCGGGAAGAUAUAUCUAAGAAAACCCGUCACUUGGGUGAAUCUGAUUAUUUUACAUCGAACUUUCAUAGGACCUUGAAUAAUUAUCCAAAUAUUCGCACUCUCCUGUCCUCCUUACCAAAAGGACCCCAUACUAGUAUUGCAGUGACUGCGGAUUCGUCAAAGCCGAAGUCCUUGAGAGCAUUGGAUCUACAUAAUACUACUAUCACACAAUUGCCUAUGGUAAUUGGAUAUUUGAAACAUCUGAGAUACCUCGACCUCUCUGGUACCCAUAUUGAAGCAUUACCGGAUGCCACCAGCACACUUUUCAAUCUACAAACUCUGAAACUCUCUAGCUGCUGGAAUCUGCGUAAGCUGCCCGAAGACAUGAGAAAUAUGAGUAGCCUGAGGCAUCUCUACAUUGACAGAUGUCCUAAUCUGGAGCAGCUACCAACAGGUAUCGGGCAAUUGAGUAGCCUGCGAACAUUGACCAAAUACAUCGUAGGCAAUGAUGCUGGAAGGCGUAUAGGUGAGUUGAAUAGCUUAAAUCUCAGUGGCCUUCUAGAGCUGUAUAACCUGAGAAAUGUGAGGGAUGCAGCAGAUGCUAAAGAAGCUAAUCUUAGUUCCAAACAUAACCUUUGCUCAUUAAUAUUAUGCUGGGAUAAGACUCAGUGGGAUGCCCCAGGCUGCUAUACAGGAAAUACCCAUCGUUCUUUCGAAGAAGAUGUUUUGCCAGCAGAAAACGCAAAAGAGGUGUUGGAAGCCCUUAGACCUCAUGGUGGCUUAAAACUGCUGACAGUAUGGCGCUAUGGGGGUGGCAGCUUUCCAACGUGGAUAAUGAUGGACACCGUAUUGCUACAAAAUGUUGUUGAAAUUCAUCUGGGAGUUUGCACAAGAUGCCAACAUCUCCCGCCUUUGUGGCAGCUCCCUUCUCUUAAAUUUCUCUACUUGUUUAAGAUGCAUAACGUCAAGCACAUUUGCGGUAGCACCAUCUACGACAAUGCAAGUAAUGGCACAGUGCAAGCAUUCCCCUUACUGAAAAGACUGGUGUUGCAUACGAUGCAGAGCUUGGAGAAGUGGUCAGAGUUUAAAGGAACUACAGAGGUCACGUUGGUUUUCCCUCACCUUGCUGAGCUUAAGAUCAUUGAUUGCCCAAAUUUGAUGACCAUGCCAGAGCUACCAUCUCUCAAAACUUUAAAAAUGGAAGGAACUGAUAUGCAGUUGGGCUUGAUCUGUAGUCUGACGACACUCUCUUCCCUUAGAAUUCAAGUCUGUAAAACGAGCAAUGGUACAGAGUCGCCUCCUCUUGCUGAUCAGAAGAAAAUGUCUUUCAGGUAUUUCAGAUCUCUUGAAAAUUUAUAUAUUAGUGCACCGGAGGAUCUAGCACCAUUGCUGGAGGAGGAGGAGGAGACGAGAGGGCUAAGCUCGUCCCUGCAUCAGUUGGAGAUUAAAUGCUGCAAUUGGUUUUUCUCACCAUCACAGCAGUCAUCAUCACCUUUGGCGUUUUGGAAGAACCUUACUUCUCUCCAAUCUUUGCGCAUGAUUUCUUGUGAUGAUCUGGUCUACUGGCCGGAGGCGGAGUUCCGUGGCUUGAACUCAGUGAAGAAGAUAGAAAUCUCACUUUGCAACAUGUUGGUUGGCCCGUCACAUUUGCCAUUAUCCUCGUCAUCAUCAGGGGACGGAGAGCUCCUACCAAACCUGGAACAUCUGCUUAUUCAAAGUUGCGACGGUCUGCAGGAAUUGCCCAAGUUGCCUGCAUCCCUCAGAUCACUGACUGUCUUCCACUGCCCCAAAUUGAAUUCUUUGACGGAAGACCUGCGACUCCUACCAAACCUGGAAGAGCUGGAUAUUGUCUAUUGUGAUGGUCUGCUGGAAUUGCCCAAGUUGCCUGCUUCCCUCAGAUCACUGAAUAUUGGCUUCUGCCCCAAAAUAAAUUUCUUGACGGAAGGCCUGCGACAUGCCACCUCUCUUGAGAGUGUCAAAAUUUCAAAUUGCCCAAGCCUGACUUCUCUACCGGUAGAUCUGGGGCACCUAACAGCACUCAAGAAGAUGGAUAUCAACAAGCUUCCUGGCUUGGAAUCUUUGCCACAAGGGCUGGGACAGCUUGCUGCACUCGAAUGUCUGAGCAUCAGCACGUGCAGCAAAUUGUCAUCUCUGCCAGAAGGGAUGCAGGGCCUCACUGCCCUUAAGAAGCUGUCUAUUAAACAUUGCCCUCGGCUGUCAUCACUCCCAGAAGGUCUACAACGACGACUCCCUGGCCUUCAGCAUCUAGAAAUUGUAGGGUGCCCCGACCUGGAGAGACAGUGUAAGAGAGGAGGACCAUAUUGGGACCUUAUCUCACGCAUCCCCAGUACCAAAAUAUUAUCUGAGAGGAGGAGCAACUUCAGCGCAUCCCUUUCUUCCUUUUCUUGCUUUAGAAGACCAUCUACAGUUUAAUGUCAUCCCAGUCCUUUCGAGAUGAGCAGAAAAUUUAGCUUCAGAAUGAAUUAAGAGCGUUCAUGGUACAAGCAGCUUUCUUGUCGAUCAUUUCAGCAUUCAAUCCAGCAUCAGGAGAAACGACAAAUCCUUUGAUAAAUUUUUAAAUAUAUCCAAGCCUUCAAUGAUCAAGUGUCUCCAUGUGAAUCUUCUUGAUACAUUUCCUUUUGCUGUUGUUAAGCAUUUAAAGGGACACUAGGAAGAGAAAAGCUUAAUUCCCUUUUAGAAGAUGUCAUUUGGCAUUUAAUGUUGUUUUGAUUGUUUUCUCUUAACCUUAUUUUAUUUGAUGUCCUUCGAUAUAUAGAUGUUGUGUUUGAAGACUUUGGAUGGUACUUCAGCUUCAUGCACCAAAAACAAUUAAAAGAUGGAGAUGUACUUUAUUAAUUAUUUCAGCAUCCACUUUGGGUGCUCUAACUCUGUUUAAGUAGUAUCGUAUAAAAGCUAUUUGAUUGA